ACCUGCCCAUUAAACUUCCACGCGGUUUCUAACCAUUCAAGGCUUCAUUUACCGCCGCAACAUUUUCACUUUGGUUGCACACAAGAGACAAACCAGUGCUGCAAAGAAUCUUCACAGAAUUUAUUUUUCACUGUUCGAUGCCACUGUUCUGAUAUUUGUUUAAUCAGUGAGAAAAAAGAAUCUACUAUUCAACUUUUUGUCAUGGAACAAAGAAAAUACCGAGUCCUAACACAGGUUGUUUUUCUGUUUUUGUGAAGUUUCACGUGUUAAUUGUUGCAGGGAGCUGUUCCUGUGUUGCAUGUUAUGUUAGUUUGGAUACUCACUCAUCAACUCUUUGUUUUUUUCUUCCCUUUUUAAAGUAAUAUUUUCUAGUUUGACAGAGUUUAGAGGCUUGGAUUGUGGGGUUGAAUUUCCAGAGAGUGAUAUAAACGUUUGAGAAACGAAGUAGGUUAUUUAUUCCUCUGGUUUUGGAUGAUGGUAUUAUCAUAUACGACACAGAAUUCAGCUGAAAGCUUUGUUGUGAAACCUGAAAAGCUCAACCAAACUUGAGUUGAAAACAGUAUUCAGCAGCUUCAAGUGUUGACCUGAGGCAGAAGAAAAUGGAAGGAAGGGGUUUUUCUGGCUUAUACAAGAAUACAAGUGAAGAGUUGUUCCUGAAGACAGUGAUGGAGAGUCCUAUUGGUAUGCCAGUUCCUACCAUGGAUAUGUUGGGAUUCAAAACCGUUUCACAAAGCUUCCGCACCGACAGUGAAGAGCUCUUCAAACGUUGGUUAACAAAUGGAGAGGGUUACAAUUCAUCAAGCAUGGGACUAAAUAGUCGAUUAUCAAAGAGGAUCUCCACUGAGCUAGCAAAUAAUGUGUCUAAUGAGCAACGUGUUAAUGUAGCUUCAGAGGGAAGAAACAAUGACAAAUUGUACAUGCAAAAUAACCUUUUUACCAAUGAUGUUUCAGGUGACAUCAAUUUCCAAAUCAGAGAUCCUGUUAACAGAGAACUACAAUCUACCAGUGACCUGUUUCUGGCCAAGGCUUGGUUUCUUAGUGAUCAAAGAGUAACAAGAAGCCGGUCCUCUGAAUUGAGGCGGAAGUAUACUGAAAUGCAAAAUGCUCAAACAAAACAAGGAAUAGAAUCAAUGAGCAUAGCCCCUCAACAUGUGGACACAACAAAACAAGAAAUUGCAAAUUUUAAUGGUUUUGAUUACAUUACUGUGUGUGAGAUUCCAAGCCAAAAGGGAUCAUUCAUGUCUCCAUCCAACUCAUCUUCUUCUACCUUCCACGCUCAUCAAAUGGUUAAUGCAGAUAAAGUAUCAUCUUGUGUUAGUAUGCUAAAGGGUACAUUGCAACGCAAGAGACUAUGGAACCAAGUUGAGAAAGAAGCUGCAGGAGAUAGUGGCUUAAAUGGACUUUUUUGUCCUCAAGAACCAAUUUUCCAAACUGGUUUUAGUGAAGAACAAGAAAAUUGGAAUCAUCAAAAGCUAAUAAAUGUGCAAGGAGCCUCUGCUGGUCAAAUUAAGGAUCCUGGAGUUUACUUUGCUUCAGAUGGUUUUGCAAACCAGACAAACCAAACAUAUGUUGCAAAUGUUUCUCGUGAACCUUCUCAAAGCGAAUCCUCUGCUGCUGCGCCCGUAAUCUCUUCUGGUUUAGAUGCAUGUGAAGGUCCCAGUAAUUCAAAUCAAAAUCUUUGUGAAAGCUCGUGGAAACAAGUGGGAGUGAGUAGAAGUUCAGAAAAUACUCAAAACAGAGUCAAAGGUGUCAGAGAACAGAUAAUGGAUAAUAUAAAAGAUGACCGAAAGAGGAAAAGUCUAGAAAGAUACGGAUCUGUAACAUCAGCUGUUUCAGAGGAGAAAGGGGACAGCACAAAAAAGCGUAGAGUGGAGCGUUCAAGGAAAAUGGCUGAGGCAAAGGAAAGAAAUUUGACACCAUCAGUUCCCUCUGAUAUGCAAACUGUCUUGAAGCGGUGUGAAAACCUUGAGAAGGAAGUUCGAUCACUGAAACUUAACUUGUCCUUCAUGAAUAGGAAGGAUUCUGAACAAACCAAGCAGAUAGAGGAUCUUCAGAAGCAGAAUGAAGACUUGGCAGAUGAAAAGGAACGUCUCCUUGAAGAGAUUGAAAGAAUUCUUUCUGAAACUGGAAAAAUCUAAUCUUUUGCUUCCCCGCUACUUUCUGCUCAGAAACUAUUUAGUGUUCAGACAAACUGUGACAAAAAAAAUCUUACCACAGUUAACUUUUAGACCAAGUGAUGGUAAAUAGUGAACCUCUGGAUUCUGUUUGGUAAAAUAUAAAUGCUUGGAUCUCUAAAUUGUUAUUGUGAUAAUGUAUUUGGUAAAAUCUAACUCUUAUUAGAGAUUUUAGAGGCAAGAACAUUGAAGCAUGGUUAUUCAUCCAGAAUUUUACAAGGGAUUUAGAGUCUUAGAUGAGUGCAUUUAUCAACCUAGACAUUAUUAUGAUUGGAAGAUAUGUUGUUGAAUUUAUCA